AUGGAUGCAGAUAGCGAAAACGAAAAAAAAAGAAUCCGUGAUGCAAUUCAGAUGAUAGAGACCAUUCAGUCGAUGAUAGACGUUUCAGCAGACAGGCUCGAGGGCUUGAGGACACAAUGUUCGACGAGCGCGGAGCUGACGCAGCAGGAGAUCCGGACGCUGGAGGGAAAGCUCGUGAAGCAUUUCUCUCGGCAACUGGUGAUAAAGGCCCAGUUUGUGGAGGAGAUCCAACGUGAGCUCGGACAUGUGCCGAGUUUGAGACAGUGGCUGAGAGUUGUGGGACUCAGUGUUGACGCUAUAGAGUCGGUGUUGUCUCGUGUAUCAUCUCUGGAACUGCUCCGUGAUCGUACAGAACAUGAGCUGCGAGCAAUGCUGUGUGGUGCGAGGGAUGAGGAAGUACGCAGGCUCUGUAGGGCCAUGCAGAGGCUUAGAACAUAUACAGAGGCUUUAGCUCGUGGUGAAGGUUCUGCUGAACUGCCCCUGUAUUGGGACUCGUGGGAGAGACAUGUGCGAGGCUCACCCAGGGCUAGAGACGACAGGAACAAUGAUAAUAAGAAGGGCGGUAAAUCACCCACGACGCCGAUCAACAAACGUAAGCAGAACUCCCACUUGCCCGCGCCACCAGCUCAAAACUCCUCACUCACAAAGUCCAGGUCUCACGAGUCACAGCUUUCUGUGAAGCCAGACACAUCGGAUCACAGUGAUAACAGCCAGUCGUCAGCGGCUGUGUGUGAGGUAUCUGAGUCACCCCCAGGCUCUCCCCGGGAUCCCGAUCCAGACCCACCCCCACGAUACUACACAAACACGAUCCCCCCUCCCGCGCCCCGCUCGCCCCGCACGCCCACCGUGAGCGGCUGCAUGGCCCACGACAUCGCCCACCGGUUCACAAAGACCUUCAACAUGAUAGCCACAUGCGACUACUGUGACAAGCAGAUGCUGUUCGGCAGCGGCUUGAAGUGUAAAGAGUGCAAGUUCAAAUGUCAUAGGGAUUGUGAAAGUAAGGUUCCUCCGUCGUGCGGUCUCCCUCCAGAGUUCGUGACUGCCUUCAAAGAAAAAUUUCACAAAGACGGCGGCCUGUACCUAACGUCAGUGUCUUCGGGCCGCACGCUGAUCCCCUCGUUGACUCCUCUCAGACGUCGCCCGCCGCCCACCGCACAUCAUCAUACGGGUAAUCCGGAUUCAUCGUCCAACACGUCGUCGUGUAACAGCUCCACGCCGUCGUCCCCCGCGCUGGCCGCGCCCCCUCCCGCGCCCUCCACCCCGCAGACACACCACCACCACCACCACAUAACACUCAAACAACAGUUCCACUUCCCUGAAGUAAAGCCGGCCGUGUCGAGCCCCAGCCACACGUCGGCCGUGCAAUCCCCGGCGCGCUCGAUCGUGGAUAAGGACGAGCUCACGGCUAGUAAUAAGAGUGAGAUGUCGGUACGAUCGGUGGGGACGCCGCUGGAGCGCCACGACUCACGACACGACGCGUCCGACCGGUGGCCGCGGCAGAAUAGUUUGUCCAUGAAGGAGUGGGAUAUACCUUACGACGAGCUCAAGCUGUUCGAGGUGAUAGGAACAGGUCGAUUCGGGACGGUCUAUAGAGGCAGCUGGCACGGAGCAGUCGCCGUGAAAUUACUACACGUGAACGCGCUAAGUGACCACACGGCGCCUCUGGAUACGUUUAAACACGAGGUGGCGACCUUCAGAAAGACUCGUCAUGAAAACCUGGUGUUGUUCAUGGGUGCGUGUAUGAAGCCUCCUCGCCUGGCCAUCGUGACGUCACUGUGUAAAGGCAUGACCCUCUACACACACAUCCACCUGAGGAAAGACAAGUUCACAGCCAACAAGAGCGUCAUCGUAGCUCAGCAGAUAUCACAGGGCAUGGGCUACUUGCACGCUCGAGGCAUCGUCCACAAGGAUCUGAAAACGAAGAAUAUAUUCUUGGAGAAUGGGAAAGUUGUGAUCACAGACUUCGGACUGUUCAGUGUCACCAAGUUAUGUUUCGGCAACAAUGCCCGUGGUGACAGCCUCGGCAUCCCUCCGGGUUGGUUAUGUUACCUGGCUCCCGAGCUUCACCGAGCUCUUAGACCCAUUGCCAGCCUACAUCUGCCUUUCUCCAAGGCCACAGACGUUUAUGCCUUUGGUACUGUAUGGUACGAGCUGCUGUGUGGUGAAUAUCCCUUCAAAGGCCAACCUCCUGAAGCGGUCAUCUGGCAGGUCGGCAAGGGAGUGAAGCAAUCCUUGAAUAACAUGCAAGCCUCUAGAGAUAUUAAAGACAUCCUUAUGCUGUGCUGGGCUUACCGAUCAAGUGAGAGACCAGACUUCCCACACUUGUUGUCAACUCUGGAGAAGCUGCCGAGGAAGAGGCUGGCUCGCUCACCCUCACACCCUGUACAUCUGUCACGAUCAGCUGACUCAGUGUUCUGA